CAUCUAAAAAGAUAAAUGGAAACGCGCCCUUUAGACUAACCUGAACAAGACUUUGCAAAUAGCUUUCAUGCCGGCUGUCAGAUACGCUGUUGAUCCUACGGCUCUCGAGUUAAAUAUUAACCAGAAGGAGCGUCCGUUGAGCUGGAAGCAGCAGACUUUCCUUGCGGAUUCCGCGAUGGGCUCUCCAGUAUACAGACGUGUAAGGUCUCUCUUGGCCUGUAACCUGGCUUUUAGGACAGCCGGGAACAACAGUGGCAUUAAAUCCUGGCUGAAGCCAGCUUUUACCAGCAAACAACGGUUGUCUCUACCGUCGCAAAGCACUAUACUUGCUAGAAGUUACUGUCAACACACGGCGCAGAAAGGACUUAUAUUCAGACAGAUGUUUGAGCCAAUAAGCAGCACCUACACUUACCUGCUAGCCGACUGCGAGACCAGAGAGGCGGUUCUGAUCGACCCAGUUCUGGAAGAGGUGGAACGGGAUGCCAAGCUGGUGAAAGAACUCGGACUCAGACUCCUGUACGCAGCGAACACUCACUGCCAUGCAGACCACAUCACAGGCACAGGGCUCUUGAAGAAGGUGGUGCCAGGGUGCAGGAGCAUCAUCUCAAAGGACAGCGGGGCUAAAGCUGACAUCACUAUCCAAGAGGGCGACUGCAUCAAAUUCGGGAGAUUCCAUCUGGAGGCUCGAGCCACCCCAGGGCACACUGACGGCUGUAUGACCUUCGUCCUGAAUGACCACAGCCUGGCCUUCACUGGAGACGCGCUGCUCAUCCGAGGCUGCGGCCGAACUGAUUUCCAGCAAGGUUCUGCCACAACACUGUACAAGUCUGUCCAUGAAAAAAUAUUCAGCCUGCCUGAGUGGUGCAUUGUGUACCCUGCUCACGACUACAAAGGAAUGACAAUGUCUACAGUGGACGAAGAGAGGAGGCUGAACCCUCGACUAACUAAAAGCAUGGAAGAGUUUGUCAUCAUUAUGAGCAACCUGAACCUACCCAAGCCUACUCAAAUAGACACCGCUGUUCCUGCCAAUCUGGUGUGUGGGAUCCAGGGUGAUUGAGGACUAACCCUAACGCUGCUUCUCGCUGGACACAGAAAAUGGUUUAGUUUUUUCAGCCUCAUUUUUAUAUAUGAAAUGAACAACAUGUCUUUUUUAUGAUUUUUAUUAUUGUGUGUAUUGCAAUAUGUAAUUAAGACAGGAUAAAGAAGAUGACAGGAAAUUAGUCUGAUAAUGUAAUGGCAAUUUUGUGGCUUUUAUUCAAAGUACUUUGAUAGAAUUGCCUGUCAACUAUGACUUUCAGCACUUAUAAAAUGUGUUGUGUAUAUAUAUAAUUUAAUGGAAAUGGAAAUAACCGGUGACUUACAGCCCUUCAUAACUCAAGGCUUUGUGUUAUUUUUGAGAUGAACAAAAACUACAGAAAUCGUACGUGCUUUUGCCAUAAUCAACACUGUGAAUAUAACAUCCACUAUUGAUAUAAAUAGUGACGCAUUUGUUGGAUAGAUUGACUCCAUGCAAACAGUUACAGUGAAGUGUAAUCGGACAAUAAAUCAUGGUAUUGUUCAUUUUUUGGUUUAAUAUAUUUUUUUAAUAUUUUUUUUUUACUACGUGUGUGUAUGUUGAAAAUACUGAAUGUGAAAAUAAAGUAGUUGGCUUGCACUGAC